GUGCAGUCAAUUCGAUCCGGUCGUACGAUGCUGAGGGACAUUCACCUGUUUCCAUUUCAACAGCGGCUGACUCUUCUCUCUCGACGCCCUUAAGCUUGUUGUGCUUUAGUGUAUUUGUGGACUGUUCUACAACUGAGCUCCGUCUUAGCUCAGACUUUUGAAACUUUGACGCAUUUAUUCGUGCCACAUCCAACACAUUGUUUGAAAUUUGCGACAUCCUAGCUUGUUGCCUGCUCGACCGUCGUCACCGGCUUGUCUGGGUCAUUUACCGAGACAGACACCUCCCAUCAUCAUACCCCAGCGCUUUUUUUGUACUUAUAGUCCCUGUCAUCAUUCAGUCUGGACUCGUUCGUCGUCUGGCCGCCGCCGCGACCAAAGUUGCAUUCCAGCCUCGUCUUCUUUGCAUGGCAGGCUAUCCGGUGGCAUCCCGCGUUACGUCUCUCUCUAGCCAGCAUCCGCCAGCUGGCAGUCAUCAUUCGAGACAAAGGAGGGAAAGUUCUGGGAGCGGGAAUUUUGUUGGAUCGACGCAAUUGCAGUUGGCUGCUCAGCGGUCGGCUGGUUCCUCAACCCUAUUACCAUCAAAAUGGCGUUUCGAGGUUCUGUUCAGUAGUAACGCUAAAAUGUUCUUCGCCAGUCCAUUGGCAGCGCUUAUCGUAGGUUUGGUCGGAUAUAUUUUAAGCAUGGUUGCUUUAUUGCUCACUGCCGCACUGCCUAGUGCUAUAAUAUCUAUGGCUAUAAGUGGGCCUGAACGAUAUGCAGAUGGCAGACGGGGGUCAAGGGGGUCCGAACGGUGGAGACAGGCAAUCAAUGAACAAGGCUCGCCUCUUGAGGACGUUGCUUCCGCGGAAGAAAGAUAUCAUGACGACUCGAUUUCCGCGGGUUCGGCUGCGUCUGGAAGACACAACACUGAAUCUCGCUCCUCGAGUCCUUUCAAACUUGAGCCCAGCCAUGAUUUCGCGACACCCACACGCGUCUCAUACGAAGGUGAUGAUCGUGACGCAACCCCGAAAGUCACAUCUCGCCCUCAAUCGUACGAGCGGACAAUGACUGCGCCCCCUUAUAUGCUACAUCACUUGAUUGAGAGAGACGAUGCUGGCCCCAGCACAAUCGCAACCCGUCCCCCCAUCACCCAGAGAACUUCUAGUCUGAGACGAUCAUUCAAGGGGUUCAAGGACGCUAUGCGUCUUGGGACCAAGAGGCGAUCCUCUGACAUGGACGUCAAUUUUCCAACCAGAAAUACGGCUGCCUCUUCACCGUUCGCGACUGAGAACGAAGGUAUUGGUGAAGCAGAAUUGCAUAUCUCGCGUCCCUUGCCUUCACCGACGGAGUCGGCGCCCUCAAUAUGCUCAUCUCAAUCUCCUUCUGAAUCCUCUUAUUCAAGCUCCCUCAGCAAUGGUCCCAACAAACUCCGAAAACCCUUCAUCCAGCGCCUCGGCCGCUCUGCAUCUCAUAAAUUGCCAUCCCCGUCCUCCUCACCUCUACGUCCAUCUUCCUCAAACAAACAUCAGAAAACAAAACCUCCACCCCUCCGGACAACUUAUACCUACACCUUCCUCCCGACGUCGGAAGACCCUUAUGAAGAAGAUGAAGGGGAGGAACAAAUCGAACGCGAUUCAUGGUCAAUCCCGUCUGCACAUGCGUCCGAGAACUCCAAUUCCUAUCCCACGUCCCCACCUCGUCCCUCACGUUCCACGUCCCUCCCUCGUAGAAAUACACCCCACCAUCCUUCCCACGAACGUCGGCUCACUUCCGACCCUAUACCCAUCUUUACCCCUCUUUCUCCAAGUACAGUACCUCCUGCGCUGAUAACUGUCGCUACGUCGAGGCAGGAAGCAUUGCUUGCGCUUGAAGGGAAACGAUGCGCAGAUAAGCAGGCGAGAGAUUUUUCGGCUGUUGGGUCGAUCGGCGUCGCGCUUGGUACACCAACAUCGGUGAUGACGCAGGCGAAGGUGAAGGGGGAGAAUGAACGACCUACGUCGGCGAAUUCUACUACUAAGGGUAGUAGAGGAGCGAGCAGGUUUAAGUUUCUUCGUGGAUCUUGGUCGUCUUCGCCUCCCAGAAGUCCGGGCGUCGCUGUUUCUCCUGUCACUGGUGGAAAUGUCACAGACGAUGACGAGGAUGAUAUUAACCCAGACAGAGCCAAUUCUGGCGUAUCUGGGGGGGUAAGUUUGAUGGCCGUUGUCGGUCAAGAUGUGAAUGUGGAUGAGUUUGGAGUAGUGAGGAGCCCGAAAAGGAGUUCUGUGUCUGAAGUGAGGGAAGUUGGUAAUAGGGAAGGUGUCAGCGAGGGUGUGAUAGUUGAGGGUGCGGAGCACAAUUCUCGAAAGCGUACGUUCUUUCGGUUGAUUCCAGGGUCUGGGUCGAAACCCCCUGUCAGUGGAUCGAGGAGGUCAAGGUCGUGGAAACGUUUCUCGUUUUCAUGAUACCAUUCCUCACCAGGUCCCACACUCCUACUUUAUCCUCCCCAUCUACUUACCCGCCAUUUUUGGUCGCUUAUAAAUCUUGCCGGCUCCAUCUCAUUGUCCAGCUUCUAUUGAACCAAUAACGAGAGUUAUUAAAAUUCACUUUAUCAAUGCUCGUUCCAAACCCCGCAAAGCACGACCUAACAUUAUUUCAUCAUUCAAUAUUCAUUCAUUCACGCAUUAUCGUUUGCAUCCUCCUAUCCCAUCUUCACUCUACCUCUCUGGAUUUUAUCCACAGUCCAACAAUUCACGCACGCCUUGCAUGUUAUAUUACUCUUUCACGAUAUAAUUAAUGCCAUCCAUUGUAAAGCUCUAGAGUAUCCAGCAGCCACACUUCAAAUGGAUCUAAUUUGUUUGAGC